AGUUGUGGGGGCUUGUGGACAAGUGUGCUCUGGAAGAGGUCCUGAGGGCUGGUUUUAUAGUGAAAGCCAAGCUAUGUAGACUCUUUUUUUCCCCUGAAAAAUAAUCCUAGGUAGUUUUGCUUUGUGACAAUGAAAAUACUCCUAGGUUCCGUUGGACUGGAUCGUGUCCGCUGCAAUAAAGGAAAAAAAAUAGAUGCAGGCCCGAGGAGGUAUCCAAGACGUUUCCAUGAUUUUAUACUACAUCAACUUGAAGCAUGCAGCACGAGACAACGGAAUCCCAUAAAGGGAGGUUGAGGCCAUGUGAAGGUGCCGGUGGCAAAGGGAUGAUAAGAUAGAAGGGCUUUGAUAAUGUUUCCAAAGGAACUUGAAGGUUUGCCAUGUCUAUUGCAGCAAAAGGACCUUGGUGAGCUAUAAUGUUUAUGUGUACUAUAUAAGUAUUGAUAGUAGUAGUACUAAACAUAUGAUAGUAGUAGUACUACUAAACAGAAUCCCAACAAAUAUAGUGUUGGAAUAAUCCAAAACAUAUGUUAGUAGUGGUACCAAGUAUUUGAGUCUACAAUGUAGAUAGAAGUUGGAGUUGGAUCAUGUUCAGAUUGUGUUUAGCACGUCUAGGUUGUUUGAAUCGGUCCGUGUCUCACUGGUAGCAUACACAUAGGGUUCCAAUACUGUACCGUGAAGAAAAGGAGAAAAAUAAGGAGAAAAUUUAGGGUACGAGACGUACCUUUAGCCAAAGUUUUUGUGCGCGUGUGUUUGUGCACGUUUAUGUGAUCGAUACUGUGGGCGAGUUUCAACAUAUAGAAGUGACUUAUAAAAUAAUCUAGGUAGGAGGCAGCUUAUUUGAGAAAAAAAAUUGUGUCUUAGGCUUACCCUAAGAUGCAUGUCUCGGAGACCUGACUCUAGGUAAACGCGUAGAUCUUGAUCGGCUCCAAUGGCAAACAAAACAACGAAAAUACAUCCCCACUUUAUCUCCGGCCGGUCGUCGUCGCCGCACCCGGACCGAGACACUUUGUGUGUUGUGUAGUGCUGUAGAUAGACACAAGAUGCGCUCCCCUAGGAAAACAAAUGAAAGGCUGACACCAUUUUCUUAAAUAGGAUUGGCACCGGGUUUUUAAAAUAGACUGACACCGUUUCAAACUGGGUGUACCUAGCUUGACCCAGGCUGUCAUUUAUUCUUAACUGGGUUUAAGUAUUCUUACACUUACACACACAAGUAGUACUGGGAAUACUUGAGCUGUAGCAGGUCCAUUGCUAUACAAAGUACACAGACUUGCUGCCAGUAAGGAUUCGCUGGGUUGCUCUGGAGGGGAGGCAAGAGUCCGGCUGGGAGCGAAGCCCAAGGAGGAGAAGCCAGCAAGAAGCUAGCUAGAAGCAGCUUGUAGAUUGUACUCCUCUUGGGUAAGCUAGAUGGAUCUAGUGGGCAGCGUCGGCCAAAUCGUCAAAAUCGCGCUGCAGAUACAGGAGCUGGUGGAGACGGCUUACCAGAACAAGGAGGACUGCAAGAAGAUCGCAAUGCGCGUGAAAAGGCUUCGCGCAAUCGUGGAACGCCUCAGCAGCACCGAUGUCGCCAGCGAGAAAACCAUGAUUGAUGCGCUCAACGACCUCGAGGAGACGUUCCUUCAGGCCCUCAAGCUCGUCAAGGCCUGCCAGACCAAGAACAAAGUGUGGCUCUUCCUCAGGGCCGGGAACGUAUCCAAACAGCUGCGUGAGGUCAAGGACGAGAUGAUGGAUCAUAUGCACAUUGCCAACUUCGGCAACUGCGCCCAGCAGACUGUCAUUAUCACCGAAGCACUGAUUAGAGACCCGGCAGUGAAUGCAAAGAAAUAUGUCAAAGUUCUGUCGAUGCAAGGAGAGCAGGAAAUGCAGGUGGUUGGUAGCCGUUUGGUAUGCCAGGACACAGAUAUUCGUAUUGCUGAGGGAGAUCAGGUGGAGGACGAAAAUGCCAGUUACCCAAACGAUGUUACAAGGUCUGAAAUUCAUGGCGAGGAAGAAAGUUUUCCAGCAGGAAGCUUGGAGGAUACUAUAUCACAAUUCAGAAAUUUCAGUUCAUCUGAACUGAAGGCAAUUACAAAAAACUUUUCAAAUCAACAUGUGAUUGGCAAAGGUGGUUCUGCUAUCGUUUACAAGGGUGUAUUGGCCAACGGAGCAGAGGUUGCCAUCAAGAGUUUCUGUGUGGAUGCUUCAGAAGAUGGAAAUGUAGUGCGUUAUGCUGAAGUUUUCUCAGUGCUACAACAGCACGAGAAUGUAGUUAAAUUUCUGGGAUAUUGCCACGAAACAAAGAUUCAAAUGGUUCCAAUCGAAGGCAAAUGUGUGGCUGCUGAAAGGCGUCAUAUGUUGGUGGUGGAAGAGUACAUGCCCAACGGAAGCUUGUCCGAUAUUAUCGAUGGGUCAUCGCAGCAGCUGGACUGGACCUCCGCAUUUCGUAUCAUUCGAGGGAUUGCACAGGGCGUAGCUCACAUCCACACCAAAGGGGUUGUCCAUUUGGAUCUGAAACCAGCCAACAUCCUCUUGGAUUCCAACAUGAAUCCUAAGAUUUGUGACUUUGAGAGGUCUAAAAUACUGAAACCAGCCAACAGCAAAGGGGCUGUCCAUUGGGAUCUGAAACCAGACAACAUCCUCUUGGAUUCCAACAUGAAUCCUAAGAUUUGUGACUUUGGGAUAUCUAAAAUACUGAAUCAAAAGGAUGAAGAUGUCGCUGAGAAUGUGACGCAAGAGUUGGCGGGAACACUGGGCUACUUACCUCCGGAAUACAUCGCAGAUGGUAUUUUUUCAUUUAAACAUGAUGUGUUCAGCUUCGGCAUUCUCCUCCUCCAUACCAUUAGCAAGUCAGGACUUCUGCAAGAUUCAACUGAUUGGAUUCCAAAUGCAAUUAAAGGGGAAGACAACAUGGACAGCUUAUUAGAUCCUUCAUCGCGUAAUGAGUCCGAGCUAAAGGAGAUAAAAAGAUGCAUGGACAUCGGACUGCAGUGCACCGCGAAGGAGCGGACUGAAAGACCCACCAUGUCGGAUGUUAUUGACUUGCUAGACGGCAAGGAACUGCUCCGGAAGCCCCCAACGGGGAAUAAGGCUUCGUCAUUUAAGAAGAAAGGCAAGGCAUGAUCUCCCAGAUUGUGAUGUGGUUUGGAUCCUGGAGAAGUGCGCAAUAGGUUUGUGAUGCAUUAAAUAGAAUGCUGCUAGUUUGGUUGUAAGACGAGAUCAUUCUCCAAUUCAAAUUUCUAUAUAAAUAGUCACCAACCAAUGCACCUGCAAGGGCUAGCACAAAUGAGUUUUUCGGUUGUAUUAAAGUUUGAUGAGUUUUCAUUUGUAUGCAUCAGUUCGUCUUGCUAUUAAUGCUUUGUCAAGGUUGCCAUGUUUUGAGAUUUA